AACUUGUUUUCUUUAAAUUUCAACCUUUUAUCCUGCUUUUUUUCAUGAAAUUAAUUGUUAUAUCAAAAUUUAUUCAACAAAUUGACAGUCAAAAUGACUUCUCUUUUAAAGACUUCUCUUCUCUUUCCAUUGUGUAAGCUUGUUUGUGCCUUCUUAAUGACUAAAUGUCCGUAACUUAGUUCGAUUAACUUCCCAUUUAGAAUUGGUACUGAUUUAGUAUCGGGUUGAUUGAAAUGUUAACAAAAAAUGUGAUCAACAAGACAAAAAAAGUAGAAUUGGAUUCAUGUAUAUAUUGAAAGAGAGAAUGAGAUGAUGACAAAAGACACCAACCAAAAAGGCUUUAAAAUCUUAUGGUUUGAUGUUAAUCUGAUCUGAUACACAUCAACAGACCAUCUCUUCAUCUAGAUUCAAAUAUCUAUUCAGUUGAACAAAAACACGUCCCAAAAUGUUUCCAAGUUGUUUCAACCUAUCCCAGUUAAGAAGUACCAUGAUUAAGCAGCAGUCAACCUUUUUUAUUCAUGCUAUAAUUGCCAUGAUUUUUUGGUUCCAUGUUUCCAUCGGUGAUCCUCAUGCUCUUGAUGAUGAUUGUCUCAAAUGUAUCUGCUCGGCAAGCUCGGAGUGCGAUGAUCAAGUUCGCUGUCAUACCGAGGGUCAAGAUGAUUAUUUUUGUGGUCCUUUUCAAGUAUCACGAAAUUACUGGUUUGAAGCUGGUUCUCCUGGUUAUGAUGCCAGUAACCCGAUGGAUUUUGAGAAUUGUGUAAACAAUAUUUACUGUGCCAUUCAAACCGUCAAUCAAUACUUAAAAAUCAAGCAAAAAGAUUGUGAUGCUGAUGGAAUCAUUACCUGUCAGGAUUAUGCAUUACUACACAAAUUUGGACCAGCUAACUGUACUGAUGAGAAAAUGUAUUCCAAUUCAUCGUUUUGGCAUAAAUUUGAUUCAUGCUUCUCAUUUACAAACGGAACCAAGCAAUUUUAACAUCUUCCACAAGCCAAUUCCUGUAAUUGGUAAAAGUAGCCUUACAAGACUAUUUCAACUGUUUCUGCCCAGAUGAUCUCAAUGAAAUGGAACCCUCAAAGCUAUUUCUAAAUCAUUUAAAAUAAUUUAUAACUCGUUACAUCAAUGGACACAAUAUUAAUCAACUAAACACUCUCAACAACUUUACAACUUUUCAAUAGUCAGACAUCGAUGUCAAGUUGUUUCAAUUGUGAUAGUUUACUGAGCAAUUUAAAUUUGCUAUUAUCACAAAAUUUUGUAUUUCACUUGUUAUACCAAAGAUUUCUCAUGUUAGUCACACUCAAUUGUUAUUUGUUCAACUUUUAAUUUUAG